AUGAGGGGCCAUCAUCCCGGCGGCUGUGUGGAGGAAUAUCCCCUCAAAAGUGUCUUUAAACGGCUUUAUGAUGAGGACACGGGCCUGUAGUACGGGCACCUGAGUGACACACAGCAUCUGUGGACCUCCUCCGUGGGUUUGAAUUGCACCAGCUCCCAGUUGCUUUCCACUUGAGACAGUCGAGGACAAAUGCCUUAAGUUUCAUAUUCUAGCUUACAGACAACAGUAUCUCCUCAUAUCCAGCCUUUCAGCUACAAUCACAACACAUUACUAAUCCGCCACACUCCAGCCACCAUGUCCUCCAUCCUGCCUUUUACUCCCCCGGUCGUGAAGCGCCUCCUGGGCUGGAAAAAGAGCCCGAGCGGGACCAGCGGGGCGGGGAGCGGGGGCAUCGGAGGCGUGGGGGAGCAGAACGGAGGGGGUCAGGAGGAGAAGUGGUGCGAGAAGGCCGUCAAGAGCUUGGUGAAGAAGCUGAAGAAGACUGGGCAGCUGGAUGAACUGGAGAAGGCCAUCAGCACACAGAACAGCAACACCAAAUGUGUCACUAUACCCAGCAAUUGCUCAGAUCUUUGGGGGCUAGGCUCAGGCCACACGAUAGAGCAGUGGGAGUCUGCGGGCAUGUACGGAUACCAGGACCACGGCAGGUCACUGGAUGGGCGCCUCCAGGUGUCUCACCGCAAAGGCUUGCCCCACGUCAUCUACUGCCGCCUGUGGAGAUGGCCCGACCUGCACAGCCACCACGAGCUGCGCGCCAUCGACACCUGCCAGUACGCCUUCAACCUCAAAAAGGACGAAGUGUGCGUCAACCCCUACCAUUACCAGAGAGUGGAGACGCCUGUGCUGCCCCCAGUGUUGGUACCACGCCACACAGAGAUUCUGACCGAGCUUCCUCCUUUAGACGAUUUCGCAAAUUCUAUCCCUGAAAACACCAACUUCCCCGCUGGAAUCGACCCUCCCAACAAUUAUAUACCAGAGACUCCACCACCCGGAUACAUAAGUGAGGAUGGAGAAACCAGUGACCAGCAGAUGAAUCAAAGUAUGGAAUCAGGUUCUCCAUCGGAAUUGUCCCCAAGUACUUUAUCUCCAGUCAGCCAUGGAUUAGACCUUCAGCCGGUCACCUACAGCGAGCCGGCUUUCUGGUGUUCUAUAGCCUACUAUGAGUUAAACCAGCGAGUGGGAGAGACCUUUCACGCCUCGCAACCAUCACUGACUGUGGACGGCUUCACUGACCCCUCCAACUCUGAACGCUUCUGUCUAGGGCUCCUCAGCAACGUCAACAGAAACGCCACCGUGGAAAUGACAAGGAGGCAUAUAGGUCGCGGUGUACGAUUGUAUUACAUUGGAGGAGAGGUCUUUGCAGAGUGCCUCAGUGACAGUGCCAUUUUUGUUCAGAGCCCCAACUGCAACCAACGAUAUGGCUGGCACCCGGCCACAGUCUGCAAGAUACCAUCAGGCUGCAAUUUGAAGAUUUUCAAUAACCAGGAAUUUGCUGCACUCCUGGCCCAGUCUGUCAACCAGGGCUUUGAGGCCGUGUACCAGCUAACCAGGAUGUGCACCAUCAGAAUGAGCUUUGUCAAGGGCUGGGGAGCAGAAUACAGAAGACAAACUGUCACCAGCACUCCCUGUUGGAUUGAGCUCCAUCUCAAUGGCCCCCUCCAGUGGUUGGACAAGGUGUUGACUCAAAUGGGUUCCCCAUCAGUCCGCUGCUCCAGUAUGUCUUAAACUGAGUCAUCAAAUGCUGACAAAUGUAAACAGGAAGUCAAAAAAGAGACAGAUCUGUCAAGUCCACUCCAAAAUGGUGGAAAAAAAGACUAUGGAUCUUUGAUAGAUGGAUGGGAUUAACACAAUGUGGGCCAAAAGUCAGCAUGACAUUCCAGUCAUCUCGGACAUAUUCAACCUUUACAAUUUCCAAACUAAUUGAUGUCAUAAUGGACCAAACAUUUUUACUGGAUGCUCCAAAACACUAAACACAAGAAGGUGUGGACAGGACUGUUUUGGCAGUAAUUUAUGCAUGUAACUCACUCAACAUACUUAGUAGGCUCAUGUCACCUUGUUAUUCCAUGCAGUUUGUCAAGGCAUUUUCCUUUUGCAGAAACAUUCAUAUAGAAGGCUUUUUCUCGGGUUACCUUUUUAAACCAAAGCCAACUAACAGCAACCUAUCGAUUUAAUAGAGAUUUUAAAUUGUCGUUUUUAUUAUAUUUGUCAAUGACCAGCCCAAUUUCAAUGUUUUUUUUUUUUGAGUGAGUGAUGUUGAAAGGAGUUUUUGGCCAGAUUUGGUUUAAAUGAUGGAAAUGCCUUUUUCGAGUGGCUAACAGCAAACAUAACUGGAAUGUAUUGAAAACAAGAGUGUGUCGAUUGACUCGUAUGCUAAUUUAGAUGCAAAACUACAAAAUGCCCCCAUUUUUCUACAAUUCUUUACUACCCAACAAAUUGCACUAUACUAUAGUACUAUACUAUACUAUACUUUUGCACAUCCUUUUUGAUUAUUAAUAAGGAACGUGCAGUAUGGAUCGAUUGGCACAAAAUGUUUAGAAGUCCUAAACUAACAUGCAGUAUUGUCUUUUGAAUAUCUGGUCUUUCGCUGACAAAUGAGGCUUUCUUUUUGCAACAUCUAGUUUUACUACUGAUGUUCUUAACAGCUUCUAUACUGUAAUUGCACUGCCCCAAAAAUAUGCACCCUUAAUAAUGUUACAUGGACGUUGCCUUGGUGAGAAAUACAGUGUUGAGAAAUAUGCAGAGGAAUGUUUUAUGAAGCUCAAUGAAAGGAGGAAAUGGCAGAUAUUUUUAUACAUAAUUUGUCAGAGAAUUCUAUGCUUUUUUUUUUUUUUUUUUUUUUUUUUUGGGACUUACAUGCCCUCAUUGAAUUGGCUUUUAUGCUCAUUUGAAAUGUCUAAAUUGGAUUUUUUUCUCAAAUCUAUAACCAGCUUGUUCAGUAUUGUUCACAAUUCCGCACCCAAAUCAUUCAAGUAUUUAAGCUUUAAACGACAAGCUAGGUAAGCCACAAAUUAAUAUUACUUUACACAUUCUUUGUACUUUCUUAUAUUUUCUAUAUAUAUAGAUAUAUUUAAAAUUUCCCUCUUUUCUUUAGAAACCAGUAUUUUAGGGUAUGCCCUUUAUUGCCUGUUAUUUUACAAUAUCACAGCAUGAUGAAGUAAUAAUAAACAUGAUAUACUGUAUAUUGCGUUUCCACUGAAAAAAAUGAAGUGUAUGCUUUUAGAAGCAAUUGGCCUUAAAAUGCCCCGAUUAUGCAAUUUUUGGAAAAAUGUGGCUGUUUAGGUUUAAAUCAGCUUAUUUGUUAGUAUGUAUAGAGUAUUCCUUUGCUGGUCUGAUGGAUAAGUCUUAUAUAGCAAAGACCUUUCUAUAACUGCCAGCUGUAAAAAUGGUGGGCUCAAUUGUCACAAAUUUGUUUUGUUUAUGCCCAACAUAUUAUUGACAACUGUAUAGAUUAAACUUAAAUAAAAUCUGAUGUAUUAAUACCUUUACAUUUUGCCUUUCAGUAGCUCUGGCAUUAAAAUGAUGGUGGGUGUGUUUACAUGCGUAGAGGACAGUGUAAUAUUGGUCUUGGUCCAUCACUAAGAACAUUGCACUUGUUUGGCCAUCCAAGUAAUUUUGAAUAUUAUUGAAACAAGAUCUGACAUGUAAAUAAGCCUAUAAUGUAAGCAAAUAACACAAUAGGCAAAUUGGCUUCACCUUAAUUUAACUGAGAAUGUCACAUUCAGAGUAAUACAUUCAAUAUAGUAGUUAGUACACUAAAAUUGAAACGAGAUAGGAAUUUGAGCAAGUAUCGAUACUGCCAAAAAUUUAAUUAACAGGACAAUAUCUGAGCUUUGAACUUGAACUUUACUAUGAUUUUGAGCUUUACCGGAAUAAAUGAGACAUAAUUCUAAGCUGAAGAGAGAAUAUAAUUUUCAUAUACAAAAUAAUAGAACUGUACUAACUACUAAAACAGGAGCAUAUUUUAUUUUCAUUGUGGUAAUGCAAUCGCUAUCAAAAUUGAGUCUGAAAACGCUACAAUACUGUCUACCUACAUACUAUCAACACACAACUGUUCAUUAACAUGGAAACACCUUCACCACAUUUUGCUAUUUUGAAUUACAUGAUAUUUUAAAAAUGUACUUGUAUCCUGUACAAUUCCUGUUAAUAUAGACUUAAGUGAAAUGGUUUUGGUUUGAGUUCUGCAUUGCAAUCAUAUUUGUAGUUAAGGACAGACAGGCAAAGUAAACACCAGCAUUUCAAAAAAGCAUUUUAUUGAUUAGGUAAAACUGUAUAACUGAUGUAAAUUUUGAGCUGGAGGGGCAUUGUCACAAUAGUUAGGUAAUUGAAAUGAAUUACUGGGUUAAGUACUGCAUUGUGUUCACUAUCUGUAACCCAAUUAUUACCCACCCUCCACCUCCAAUUAGCCUAGCUUUUUCAAUAAGGCCAACCAAUACAUUUUUUUUCAGCUCCUAUUUAAUUUUAUCUUUAUAAUUUGUACCAUUGUCUCAAAGCGGCCCAAGUCUGCUCGGGAUUCUGCUCUUCUGAAAAGGGUGCCUUUGGGGGAAAGAAUUUCUUGUCUUCUUGUGAUGUUGAUGUAUAUUAUUUCAUGCAUCCAUUUUCUCUUUCUGUCAACUAUGUAUAUUGCAUUAUUAGACAAUCUUAGGUUUUCUGUCUUCAUCCUAUCAAACUUCACUUUCACCACUAUUCAGACAUCUUACAGUGUAACUAAUAAAGCUGUUUUAA